GUAUUAUGUUCGAGAACGGUUCAAAGACCGUUUUGUAAAAUUCCCAAUUACUUUACUUCACCGGAAAUCCAUAAGAACCCUAGAAUUUGACGACAGUUUUACCUGGAAGUUGCCCUUCGAAAGCCAAAUCGGAAAUCUGAAGCCAUGGAUGGGAGUAUCCUGGAAUCAAUCGGAGUGGAAAUCAUCGGCGUAAUGUCUCCGGUCUCAAUUUGCAUGCUCCUAGUCGUCCUUAUAGUCUACUCUCUCACAUCCUUCUCCUCUUCGUCUGGCGAGCCCAUCCGUACCGCUGCUAAUCUCGUCUACCUCGAAACACCGACGGAUUCUACAUCCGAGAAGAUCGAAGGCUCACUACUCAAUGCUCUUGUCUUUGUCAUCCUCAUCGCCGCUGUAACUUUCCUUCUUGUUCUCCUUUAUUACUACAACUUUACCAAUUUCCUCAAGAACUACAUGCGUUUCUCUGCAUUCUUUGUGCUUGGUGUCAUGGGCGGUUCCAUCUUCAUUUCCAUUAUUCGACAGUUCUCGAUUCCGAUUGAUGCCAUCACGUGUCUCAUUUUGCUUUUCAAUUUCACAGUCGUCGGAGUUCUCUCGAUUUUCGCUGAGGGUAUACCGAUACCGAUAUUGUUGAGGCAGGUUUAUAUGGUCCUUCUGGGUAUAAUUGUGGCUGCGUGGUUUACUAAUCUGCCAGAAUGGACCACUUGGACUCUGCUUGUAGCGUUGGCUCUCUACGAUUUAGUUGCGGUUUUGGCUCCUGGUGGACCUCUUAAGAUCUUGGUUGAAUUGGCAUCUAGCAGAGAUGAUGAACUUCCUGCUCUGGUUUACGAGGCUCGGCCAACAGUUUCUCGGAACCCUAGAGGAUCUGGUUUUGGGCUUUUGGUUGGCGGGGUCUCUUCUGAGUCAGUGGAGGUUGAGAUGACCCGGCAUAAUCCUAGUGAUUCCGAUGAGACGAUGGAGGAGACUUCCCCAUUGGUUCCAAGCCUAAGAGAUAGGAUGAGGUCUAGUUCAAGUGGCAGUAGUGAGUUUUCUUCUACUGAUCGCAUCCAUCGAACUGGAACUGAUAUCAUUGAAGACGAAGAAGUGGAUUUGUCACCACUUGGUGCGAUUCUGGGCAUGGGGGGGAAUGAAUCUAGAAGAGGCAGGGAGAUUAUUGAUGAGGAGGAGACUAGUAGAGGCAUAAAACUUGGGCUAGGUGACUUUGUUUUUUAUAGUGUUCUUGUGGGUAGAGCUGCAAUGUAUGAUUUGAUGACAGUGUAUGCUUGUUACCUUGCUAUUAUAUCUGGAUUGGGGUGCACUCUUAUACUGUUAUCAGUGUUUCGUCAAGCUUUGCCAGCUCUCCCAAUUUCUAUAGCACUGGGUAUCAUGUUCUACUUCUUGACCCGGUUAUUAAUGGAACCCUUUGUGGUUGGGACAUCCACAAAUCUAAUGAUGUUUUGACUAUACUCUCAUAGAGCCAGGUUACUUCAAAUCACUCUAGAGGGGUAGGGGAUAACUUUCACCUUUUGGCUUUUGGGUUGUAAAAUUUUUGCAAGUUGAUGGAUGAAUCAUUCCAUGCUGCAAGUAUCUUUCAUGAAUUCCAAUCCUGAUUCACAUGUGGAGAAUCAUGUAUGGCUAAUGGGUCUAUGUAGAGUGGAUGACAAUGACAUUUUAUUUCACGCAACACAAAUAUGACUGAGUUAGUUUGCAGUAUAGGCAUUCUUGUUGUAUGCAUAUGAAAUUAUCAAAACUGUGGUUAGGCAUAGGUGUAGCUAGUUAGUUUUGAGUCUUGUCAAAUAUUGUAAAUUCAUGAAUUAUCUUGGGCUGAUGGAAAUCUUGUGAUUUUCUGUUCAGUUUACCACAUACUGCAGAAAAGAAUUUGGUUUUUGGUUCA